AUCUGAUCGUCGUGUGCUGUAGCUGCUGCUUGGUCUUUGCAGGCGACGGAGUUGUCUCCCGUGGUCUGGAAGCUGAGCUCGACUGUUGCUGCAUCGGUGGACACUCGUUUGCUUUUACGGCGUGCUCGCGAAGAGUCCGUCCCGCCACCCUCGGCUCCCACGCAUCGUCUCUGGAUGAACGAGGUCCCGCGACACCAACCAAUUAUCUCAAGCUCGUUCACAGCACAAUGCCACGGCGAGCAGCAGCAAAGAAAGCUGUAAGGCUCUCUGCACGCCAAUUGGAGAGCUCUCCAGUACCCUCCGACCGAGAGGACUCCUCGUUGAUGUUCGGUGAGCCGUCCAAGGCCAGGAGUCCGGUGAAGAUCACUUAUGGAGGAAAGGCCAAGUUUCGAAACUCUUCGAGGAAAAGUAACGGUGCACUCCCACAGAGCCCCUCUGCCCCCGCUGGCUCUCGGAAGUCUCCUGGUGCACAUGCCCGCGCGCUUCCGUCUGAGAAGAAGUUGCGCUUGAGGACUGCCCAGAUCAGCCCCGCUCGGACCAUAGACAGUCUGUCACCGCUGACUGAAUCUGAUUCCGACUUUGACUUGGAGCUUCCUCUGCCCACUCGCCCAAGCGGGCGCCGCGAGAAGCCAUCUACACCACGGAAGGGAUCCUGGAAGGAGUCCUCGAAGAACUCCCCCCUAACCCCUCUUACACCCUCCCGUACGAAAUUAUCUACACCGAAGACCACAUCUAGUAAAAAGCGACCACGACCUGUGACACCCACUAAAGCUACUGCAUCAGACUCAGAUAAUGAGAGCGCAUUGACUCCUUUACCCUCGCUCAGCCCUUCUAUCAAAUCUACUGGCGGAACUCCUACCAUUGAUCUCACGGCGGAUGAGGAGACUCAAUCUCAUCUCCCAAAGGCUAUCCCUGCUAGCCUCAUAUCACAGCUGUCAUCGCCAUCGCCAUCAGAACGCAUCCAACGCGCGACCGCGGCGCCUACCACUGCUGUAUCGGAAGAUGUCAGAGCGGACGAUGCAUGGAGUCUAGCCAAGCUGGGCACAUUUGUUUGGUUAAGGCUGGACAACCGAGGGGAAGUUGUUAACGAAGGGACGGAGAGCAGCGAUGAGGAGUAUUGGUGGCCUGCAAAGAUUGUUCAUUCAGAUGGUUCGCUGCAAGUGUCACUCUACGGGGAAAGCCCCCGCCGCUCCAGAGUUGUCGACAUUAGCUCACCCUCACCUGCCAACGUUCAACCCGUGGCUCUGAGCGGGCUGCCCCGCUUCAAUGAGCACACCUAUCGAUUCAGCAAACGACCCAGCAAUACCCUUCAGUCUCCGCGGAAAAAGCGGAAGUCAGACAUCGAAACGCGGUGGAAAGCCGCACGAGACCAGAUGGUGGAUGCAGAAGCAGAAGCCAAUGACGGUCUGCCCAUGCUCCUCUCUGGCUAUGUUGAGAGAAAUUCCUCGCCGCCAUCGCCGGUCAGACGUUCGCCUGCGAAGAAGGCAUCGGUUGUCGAGCUAAGAGCAUCGAGUCCCUUGUCCGAAGAGCCUGUCAGUCCACGGAAGGCAUGGAGGGCGCCCUCGUGCGAUCCAACGUACGAUGUCCCUGGCGAACUUGUGCUCGCAAAAGAGAAGCGAGGGUAUUCAGAUUACUGGCCUGCGCAAAUCCUUGAAUACAUCAAGCCCACGAACCCGAAGCAGAAGCCGAAGUUCAAGGUUCAGUACUACGAUGGGAUCGUGAAGACCAUCGAGAAGAAUAUGUUUUUCACUGCUUUCGAGAAGGGCUUCAAGACUUGCAAGCUGGGCCGCGAUCAGUACAACUACCGCAUGUUCGAGGACGCCGAUGAGUUGACCACCUCAGAGAUGGCCAAUCGCUUCAUUUCAGAGCCGGUGGACGAUGACACCCUCCGCACGCCCAGUCCCCCGCCGAUGCUUCCUCCUCCUGCCUCCGAAGACUUUUACAAUCUGUCGGUUGCUGAGCAGUUUAAAUAUGUCAACCCGGUUCUUGCAUGUGUGAUCGAGGGAGAGUACGGACCCGCGAAGGAGCGGCAUGACGGCUUCAUGCAAGGAGGCAAUGCCAGGCGGAAGGUCUGCAAUAGCGGCUAUGCCAGAGGGUCGUUGCCGCCUGCGCAGGAGGAGGAGUUGCUGGGGCUUAUCACGCGGUGGACCCGAAGGCGGGAAAGGAGACGUGAGUUGGGCUUCCCUUUGGACGGUUCAAGCAGGCUAGCGGUGCCGUCCGUUAACGUACAUACCAAUGGCGAGGGACAGCCGUCACCUGCCGAUGAGAGUACCCAGGCGCAAGAGGCUGCUGCUUCGCAACAAUCAUCGAUGUCUAUCUCAGAUUCAGACCUGCCGCACUCGGAGGCAGAAGCGCCCCCUUCGUCGUAUAAUGCCGCUGAUGUUGUGAUGGAGGACCAGGCCGUUAGGGUCGCAUCUCCCAUCGGCGAUGCCUGUGACAAGGCUGAAACCUUCCCGUCAGAGCCCAAGCCGAAGGAACAAGCGGCUUCGCAAGUGCAUCAGGACGCGCUAGCAGAAGCCAAGCUAAUGGAUCCGAGCGUGACGUCGGCGCAUGAGCUCGAGGUUCAAUCUGAUAAUGCACGGCCUCAUUUUGCGGACCUGAACGAGGUCGAUCGGAUAACGUACUGCGGAAGUGUCCUGUUGCCUGAGGCUGUCCUACAGCUUGUGCUCUGGAAGGCAGGGCAGCGCACCUCGUACGAACUGCUUCCCGCUAGCGAAGAGCAGCGCCUCCAUGAUAUCGCCGUCGCCAAAGUCAACGAGACAUACUGGGUGCACGAUAUCAUUAGAUUGAAACGCGUAGCGGAAGGACGCCUGCUGCAGUCUGACGACCGGCCGCCUGCGCCCGGGUCGUCAGUGAUGGCAGGCACGCGGUCGCGGCCACGAAGAAGAUGAGCCAGCGUUUGGGAUGAACUUCUUGGCGUGGUAAGAUAUCUGCCGUUGUAUUUGUGUGGAUUGCUAUCGUAGUGUUUUGCUAUACCCACGGAAUACAUCACUGGAGGAGUUGUUUAUUGACAUUGCCAUGAUGUUGAACGGUAACUGAAUGAUAAUUCUGUGUGGUUUGGAU